UUCCCGCGGGCGGCGGGGAAAGUGGCGGCCGCAGCAAGAUGGCGGUGGCGGGCAAGGGAGUGGUGUCGGCCGCCGUGAAGCCAAUCUUCAGCCGGGACCUUGGCGAGGCGAAGCGGCGCGUCAGGGAACUGUACCGGGCCUGGUACCGCGAGGUGCCCAACACGGUGCACCUGUACCAGCUGGACAUCACGGUGAAACAGGGGCGUAACAAGGUGCGGGAGAUGUUCAUGAAGAAUGCCCACGUUACGGAUCCACGCGUGAUAGACAUGCUGGUUAUUAAGGGGAAAAUGGAGCUUCAAGAAACCAUUCAUGUCUGGAAGCAGAGGACUCACAUCAUGAGGUACUUCCACGAGACGGAAACCCCGCAACCUAAAGACUUUCUGUCCAAAUUCUAUGCGGGCCACAAUCCCUGAGAAACUGACUCUCUGUCUUCCUGCCUUAUAUUACAAAUAAAGUUCUAUACAGUAGAAAAAAAAAAAUCCAUACAAAGAGAUUCUGUAGCAUCUUAGAAGCCAAAUGACGAGAUUAAUCCAGAGCAUGUGCAAGUGAUUAUGAUCUGUUUGAAGAGCUGUAAUGUCCUUGUUUUGCCAAUGUGCAUUUUCAGUGGCUGGUAUUUAUCCCAUCACUUGACUUGGGGUGUCUGCUGAAUAACCACAACACAACCUGGCUGUGGGUCUUUGUGCUUAGCCUGCAGCCCCAUCUGUAGAUGCUAGCUCUGUGAGGAAAAGGGUGGGCCUUCAGAAGAGCCACUGUACUCACAAAAAUAUUCUUGUGCUUGAGGCACAUAUGUAUUCAUGCAGUGUCUUGCAGUUUCAUGCCAUGACUUUGCUGACCUUGUGUUUUUAUUGGACAUUAGUCUCAGUUUCUCACAGAGAAUAUAUAAAAUCCAAUAGGCAAAUAAAUCCUUCUGCAUUAAAACAUCA